UCGACCCCCAAAGGGGUCGCGACCCACAGGUUGAGAACCGCUGCUCUAGGCAAUGUUUGUGACACCCACUGUCUUAAAGACAAGAGGCAUUUUGGCCGACAUGCCAGGCCCAGAGCUCAGGUAUCAUCCACCUGCCCAUCGGUGUUGAGGGAAGACACAGACUCAAUGACUAUAAGGAGAGAGCGACGCCGAUGGAUAUGGACUUGGAGGACGUGGCCAUCGCCUUCUCCCAGGAGGAGUGGGGGCUCCUUGAUGCGGCUCAGAGACUGCUGUACUGCGAGGUGAUGCUGGAGAUCUUUGCGCUGGUAGCCUCCGUGGGUUGCUGGCAUAAAACGGAAGCUGACGAGACCCCUGGUGAGCAGAGCGUGUCUGUAGAAGGAGAGUCACCGGUCGGGGCGUCUGAGACGGCGCCGGCCGCCCAGAGGACCCACCCCUGUGAGCGGUGUGGCCCGGCCUUGAAUGCUGUUCUGCACCUGACUGGGUGCCAAGCCGCAGACCUUGAGCAGAGAGCCUUCUCCGGUGACGCAUGUGUGAGAGAAUUCUGUUUCCCUGCAAACCCUCACCAGCAGCAGCGGGAAGCCAGUGCCGAGGAGCCCUGGGAAGGAGCUGUGGGCGGGGCCUCGCCUGUGACCAGGUGCAGCUUCUGCGUAUCGGGGGCACCUUCCGCCUGUGGGAAGGUUGGGGAGGGCUUCCCAGCCACCCCAGGCCUUCAGCACCGGGCCCCUGGUGAUCCUGAGGAGCCACACGAUGGCAGUGAGAGCGGGCAGGCCUUUCCCAGCGGAGAAAAUCGUCUCCGUUCAGGAGGAUGUGAAAAAGCUGCCCGCCCAAACCAGAACCUUGUUCCACGGCAAAGCGUCUGUUCUGGAAAAGGGCUUUCUGAGUGCAGCCAGUGUCGAAAAGCCUUUAGACACAUCUUUAACCUUAUUCAACACAGAGGCGUUCACACCGAAGAGAAGGCUCAUGAGUGUAGGGGUUAUGAGAAGCCCUUCAGCGGAAGCUCUGACCUCAGCGAACACCAGAGCGGUCACACUGCAGAAGAACCGUGUGAGCGCAGUGUUUGUGGGAAAUGCUUUAGACAGCGCACGAACCUCAGUCAACACCAAAGACUUCAUUCUGGAAAAAGCACUUUUGAGUGUGGCGAAUGUGGGAAAUCUUUUCGCUUCAAAUGCUACCUCCGCAUACACCAGAGAGUUCACACUGGAGAAAAGCCUUACGAGUGUGGUGAUUGUGGGAAGUCAUUCAGCCAAAGCUCUGCCCUUUUUAAACACCAGAAAAUCCACACUGGUGAAAAGCCAUAUGAGUGUAGGGAUUGUGGGAGAUGCUUUGCCUACAAAUGUAUCCUCAUUAAUCACCAGAAAGUUCACACUGGAGAAAAGCCGCAUGAGUGUAGUAAAUGUAGAAAGUCGUUUCGACGACGCUACCACCUUAUUCAACACCUUCGCAUUCAUUCUGAAGCAAAGCCGUAUGAAUGGGGUGAGUCUGGGAAAUCCUUUAGCGAUACCUCCAGCUUCCUUCAACACAGUAGAAAAAUACCUUAUGGGUGUAGUGAAUGUGGGAAAUGUUUUAGCUGCAAAUCUGACCUCCGUAGACACCAGAGAGUGCACACUGGAGAAAAGCCAUAUGAGUGUAUUGAUUGUGGGAAGUACUUUAGAGAAAGCUCUGCCCUCAUUAAACACCAGAGAGUUCAUACUGGAGAAAAGCCAUACGAGUGUAGUCAUUGUGGGAACUCUUUCAGCCAAAGAUCUAACCUUGUUAAACACCAGAGAGUUCACACUGGAGAAAAGCCUUACGAGUGCAGUGAUUGUGGGAAGUCCUUCCACCAACGCUCUGCCCUCACUCAACACCAGAGAGUUCACACUGGAGAAAAGCCAUAUGAGUGCAGUGAUUGUGGGAAAUGCUUUAGUAUCAAAUGUAUCCUCAUUAAUCACCAGAGAAUUCACACCGGAGAAAAGCCGUAUGAGUGUAGUACAUGUAGAAAAUCGUUUAGGCAACACUCCCACCUUAUUCAACACCUUCGCGUUCAUUCUGAAGAAAAGCCUUAUGAGUGUGGCAAAUGUGGGAAAUCUUUCAGCAAUACCUCCAGCUUCCUUCAACACCUGAGUGUGCACUCAACAGAAAGGCCUUAUCAGUGUAGUGAAUGUGGGAAAUCUUUUAGCUACAAAUGUCACCUCAUUAGACACCUGAGAGUUCACACUAGAGAAAAGCCUUGAGUGUAGAUAUUGUGAGAAGUCCUUCAUCUGAAGCACUAGGCUCAUUGAACACCAGAGAGUACACACUCAUAACAGCCACAUGCGUGCAGUGUUUGUGGGAAAGGUUUUAGGUAGAGAUCUAACCUCGCUAUUCACCAGAGAAUUCAUCCUGGAGAAAAGCCACAUGAAGGUGGUGAAUGUAAGAAAUUCUUUAGACAACACCCCUGCCUUGUUUGACACCAUUGAGUUCAUUUGGCAAAAAAAACUCGAUGAGUGUGGCAGAUGUGGAAAAUGUUCUAGCUAGAGGUCUGGCUUCCCUCAACACCAGGGAGUUCACACGGGAGAAAAGACCUUAUGAGUGUAGUGUGUGUGGGAGAUAUUUUUGCUGCAAAUCCCACCUCUUUAAACACCAGAGAGUUCAGAGUGGAGAACGUCCUUAAAUGUGCAGAGGAUGGUUUAUUUCCUCACUCAGUGUAGCAGUACUGGAGGAGACGCUUUGAGAACUCUUCAUCUGAAUUUAAACUUUUUUUAGUGGAACAUACACUGUGCUAGAUCUCUCAACAGUUUCAGGUACAAGUGCAUCUUUU